GAGCUAAGUAGCUCGAGCAAAAAAAAAAAAAGAUGGCCCGGUGGUCGUCGUGCAUGGCGCUGCUCGUCCUCGCCGUCGCCGCGCAGCUCGUCGCGGCCGACCUGUCGCCGGGAUACUACGGCAGCAGCUGCCCCAGCCUGGAGAGCAUCGUGCGCGGCGUGGUGACGCAGAAGAUGGACGACACCAUCCGCACCAUCGGCUCCACCAUCCGCCUCUUCUUCCACGACUGCUUCGUCGAGGGUUGCGACGCGUCGGUGCUGAUCCGGUCGACGCCGGGGAGCCCGACGGAGAUGGACGCCGACGACAACAAGUCGCUGGCGUUCGAGGGCUACGAGACGGUGAGGAUCGCCAAGGAGGCCGUGGAGGCCGCGUGCCCCGACCUGGUGUCCUGCGCCGACAUACUCACCAUCGCCACAUGGGACGCCAUCGCCCUGAGCGGCGGGCCCUUCUACCCAGUGGAGCUGGGCAGGCUGGACGGCCUGAGCUCCACGGCCAGCAGCGUGGCCGGCAAGCUGCCGCAGCCCACCAGCACCCUCAACCAGAUGGUCGCCAUGUUCAGAGCGCACGGGCUCAACAUGUCCGACAUCGUCGCCCUCUCAGCGGCGCACACCGUGGGGCUGGCGCACUGCGGCAAGUUCAGGGAGCGGGUGUACGGCAGCCCGGCGGACGCGACGCUGAACCCCAAGUACGCGGCGUUCCUGAGGACCAAGUGCCCCGCCGACGGCUCGUCGGACCCGAUGGUGCUCAUGGACCAGGCCACGCCGGCGCUCUUCGACAACCAGUACUACCGGAACCUGCAGGACGGCGGGGGGCUGCUCGCCUCCGACCAGCUCCUCUACAACGACAACCGCACGCGGCCCCUCGUCAACGCGUGGGCCAACAGCACGGCCGCCUUCAGCCGGGGCUUCGUGGCCGCCAUGGUCAAGCUCGGCCGCGUCGGGGUCAAGUCCGGCAGCGACGGCAACAUACGCAAGCAGUGCGACGUCUUCAACUGAUGGCGAGAGGGAUCGAUCGAUCGAUGCGUUGGUGUACACCGGGGUUACCACGCUGGCUGAAUUAGUGUACGUGCAUGCGUCAAAGGUGCAUGUGUACACGAAAUGUGUGUGUCCGUGACACAGAGUUUCGUUGGGUUUCACAGUUCCGUGUGGCUUGUACAUGGUUGUAUAUGUGUUGUUUGAUUCGUUGAUUUCGAACGUGCGGGUUAUAUAUGCAAAUAAAAUGAAUAAAGCAUUCUCCAUAA